AUGCUCGGCUGCCCCUGCAGCUGGCCCAGGGAGGAAGAGGAGGAGGUAAAUGAGGGGGCUCCGCUAAAGCCGCCCUGCUGUCCAACGGAGCCGAAAGCUGGCAGAUGCGACAGAGCCUUGUACGACGCAGAGGGCUGUGACUUCACCGACACUGCUGAAGGACCUCCAGUCUUAAAUGGGCUUACUCUGCUCCCCCAUCCCCCCAUCCUCCCUAACCCCCACCCUGUUCUCAGUGCUCCUCUGUAUGCCGAACACCGGGCUUUACCUCCUGGUAAACACAAUGUGCUGGAGAGGCGAACAUCUCAGCCAACCCCAGCUUCAGAUGAUGACAGCGAGACACAAGCAGGCGAGAACUAUGGCCCAGAUGACAGGCUGACUUUAAAAGGCUUUUUUCUCCCUGCUAUUCCUCUCAGAAGACCUUCCAAUUACCCAAUGGUCUUUGUGCUACAGUGUGGGGUCCAGGCCAUGUUCUCCCAGCAGCCCCAGGACCUGGUGGUGGUGGCCGGCCAGCCCGUCACCCUGCCCUGCUCCAUUCCUGGCUACCAUGGUGUUGUCCUUUGGAUCAAAGAUGGCCUGGCUCUAGGCGUUGGCAGAGACCUAUCAGGCUACCCUCGUUACACAGUGAUUGGGGACCACAGUACAGGGGAACACCACCUCCGGAUCCAACGUGUGGAGCUGAUGGAUGACGCUGUCUUUGAGUGCCAGGCAAUCCAGGCAGCAAUGAGGUCCCGCCCUGCCAGACUCACUGUGCUGGUGCCUCCUGAGGACCCAGUGAUCAAUGGUGGUCCGGUGGUGAGCCUGAGAGCAGGAGAUCCACUAAACCUGACCUGCCACGCUGACAACGCCAAGCCAGCAGCAUCAAUCAUCUGGAUCCGCAAUGGAGAGGUCCUCAAUGGAGCCAUGUACUCCAAGACAUUGCUUCGUGAUGGAAGGAGGGAGAGUACGGUUAGCACCCUCUACCUGUCUGCCUCCAACAUCGAGACAGGCCAGCAGAUCAUCUGUCGAGCGUCCAACAAGGCUGUGCCCAACGGCAAAGAGACCAGCGUCAACAUUGACAUCCAACAUUUGCCACUUGUCAAUCUGUCAGUGGAGCCUCAGCCCAUUCUGGAAGGAAACCUUGUCAAGUUCCACUGCUCGGCCAAGGCUAACCCACCAGUCACACUGUACAGGUGGGCCAAAGGAGGUAAUGUGAUAAAGGAGGUCUCUGGGGACACCUAUGAGGUCAUUGUGGACCAUUCCUUCUUCACCGAGCCAGUCUCCUGUGAGGUCACCAACCCUCUGGGCAGCACCAACAUCAGCCGCAACGUCGACGUCUACUUUGGUCCACGUAUGUCUGCAGAGCCCCAGUCCUUACAGGUGGAUCUGGGGUCUGAUGCUGUAUUCAACUGUGCUUGGACUGGAAACCCCUCCCUCACCAUCGUCUGGAUGAAGAGGGGCUCUGGGGUGGUACUAAGCAACGAGAACAUCCUGACACUCAAGGCUGUGAGGCAGGAAGAUGCUGGGAAAUAUGUGUGCCGUGCUGUGGUCCCGCGAGUCGGCGCCGGGGAGAAGGAGGUUUCUCUCACCGUCAACGGCCCACCCACCAUCUCUAGUACCCAGACCCAUCAGGCUCUCCAUGGGGAGAAGGGCGAGAUCAAGUGCUUCAUCCGGAGCACUCCACCUCCAGACCGCAUUGCCUGGUCAUGGAAGGAGACAGUGCUGGAGUCAGGGACAUCUGGCCGUUACACAGUGGAGACGGUCAGCACCGAAGAAGGAGUCAUCUCUACUCUGACCAUGAGUAACAUCGUCCCUGCAGACUUCCAGACCAUCUACAACUGCACAGCCUGGAACAGCUUUGGGUCUGACACGGAGAUCAUCCGUCUCAAGGAACAAGAGUCUCUCCCGGUGGCAGUCAUCAUCGGGGUGGCAGUUGGGGCCUUGGUGGCUUUCAUCGUCCUCAUAGGGACCAUCGGAGCUUUCUGCUGUACCCGCUCUCAGAGAAAGGAAGCGCACCUGGUAAUGCCCUCACUACCCGUCUCCAUCUGUACUCACCAGCGAGAACUUGCAAGCAAAAUUAAGACAGAAAAUCUGAAAGGGGUGGUGUCGGCCAAGAACGACAUCCGAGUGGAGAUUGUACACAAAGACCACAACGCGGCACGGGAAAAUGAGGAGCACACCGCCAUGAAGCAACUGAUGGUAGAACGCGGGGAGUUCCAGCAGGAGUCAGUGCUGAAGCAGCUAGAGGUGCUGCAAGAGGAUGAGAAAGAGUACCAGCAUAUCAAGGACCCCACCAAUGGAUACUACAGUGUCAACACCUUCAAGGAGCACCACUCCACCCCCACCAUCACCCUUCAAGGUAACCAGACUACAGAGAUGCGGAAUCCCACCGCUGCCACCACCGGGGGCAAGCAGCGGGUACCCACGGGCAUGUCCUUCACCAACAUCUACUCCACCCUAGGUGCCGGGCCAAACCGUCUGUACGACUACAGCCAGCGCUUCGUGCUGGGCAUGGGCAGCAGCUCCAUCGAGCUGUGCGAGAGGGAGUUCCAGAGAGGAUCACUCAGCGACUCCAGCUCCUUCAUCGACACGCAGUGCGAUAGCAGUGUGAGCAGCUACAGCAAGCAGGACGGCUACGUGCAGUUCGACAAGGACAGCAAGGCCUCCGCCUCCGCCUCCUCCUCAUCCCACUACUCCCAGUCCUCCUCCCAGAACUCAGACCUCACACGGCCCCUCCAGAAGCGCAUGCAGACCCACGUCUGACCUGACAGCCAGAGAGGGCCUGCCUGUCCUGGGGUAUCCAGCCGUGGAUUGGAACUAUGGGAAACAUACAGCUUCCUGAAAGGGACCUACGUUUCAAAGCACAUGAUGUGUUGGUGAGAAGCCUUGAAAUAGGUGGCUUUAACUCACAUUGGACUUGUUCAUAAUUCUCUGUGUUCCAACCAGUGUUUCAAAAACCUGGCAUUCACCCCACAUCCCAUCCUAAGCUCAUCAGAAACCACCUCCUGUUGUCCAGUUCUUCAUUUAGUAAAUAAAGGCCCCAUAAACCAUAAACAUACUGUAGCUGUGCCACAGAGCUCUUUUGCCAACAUGGACACAACUCAAGUGUGGAGGUGGUUGUCGCACAGAUAGACAGUGGAAAUAGGCUCCCAUGUAAGGUAGCAAAAUAACCAAACGCUCUGGCUGGGGGCUAGCAAGUUGUCUUUAAAACAAAGCGGGACCACUCUCUUAUGGGUGGCAAAAGUCACCCAUCACUUUGUAUGUGUAAGCCAAUAUUCUGCUGCUCUCUUAUAGUUCUAAGCACAACUAUGAAUGUGUGUUAAAUGUCAAAGCUUCUCCUCUCUCUUAUACCCUUUCCCCCCAGCCUCCCCUCACACACGCUCUAUGUUAAGUUGGCUGAUUCAACUUCAUCCCUUCUGUAAGUGGAGUAGGACUCUCAAAAUGUGUCCAGACUUGCCAAAAACUUAACCAAAGGCAGUCUUUUCCCCGGGGUUCCCAGCCCUCAGAACUCUACAGAUAAGGAGGCCUGUGAUCACAACCGGAAAGCCUGAGUUGUCGUUUCAGAAUUUGUGACCCUGAAACGAAUAAUAGGAAUAAUAUCAGUGUACAUUACGCAUAUUUUAUUCAGCAUCCUUUAUUUUUACUCAGAUGCUUGAUUUAAUUUGUUUUGAGGACUCGGACUGGGAAAUGAGAGUAGAGUUUGAUCCCAUUUUUUCUUGGGACUGUUUGAAAUGCCGAGAGACAUUUCAUGAGACAAACUUUUACAUUCAGAAGCAGAACGGGGUGUGUUCUAAUUUAAAGAAGGGGGUUGGUUUCUCAGUCAACCUGUCGACACCAUGCCAGCUCAAAUGGAGGGGAGCAUAGCUGCCUGACUAUAAUGUCUGUGCUACCCAUGUAAUGUGAAGUCUCUCAUACUAACUGCUUUAUAUCAUCAGCCAUGUCCACAUGAUAGGAUGCGGCCUGCGGAACCAAAUGUAAACAUUGUGUAUCAGAGCUUUUCAUCAUGUGGCUUUCCCAAUACCAUGUUAAUACUGGAGCUCAGUCAAUCCAGACUGUAUACCUACUGUGAUCUAGCUGCUCAUCGAAGGAAAUGGAUAGGAAUAUGUGAUGUAAAUUGUUGUUUUGAUUUGGCUGCUGUGAGACUACUGUAUAAACACUGACUGUUUUAAGUGA